CUACUAGUAAAAUUUGUUUUAAGUCUGUCAGAAGGGUGGCUUAUCUUCUGUUUGCCUGGUGGAAAAGCUAGCUAUUAAUCUACCUAGUCUGCCCUGCUGCUUUCAAACACUGUAGCCAACUGAAUUAGAAAAGAAUCCCGCUACAGAUUCCCCACAGUGCUUUAAAACAUGAGUGUAGCAUUUAUACUCUUUCGUUUGUGCCCGGCAAGGUUUUUUCUGAUCUGUGCAAUCAUAAACUUCCUACAUUUGCAUUACUCCAGUGGAGAAAGGGAUCAUUUCCUUCAACUAAAUGGAGCGGAUAUAAAUGUGACCAAAGGCAGAUGGCGCCGAUCUCCAAGCAGCCCACCACAACCCAUUGAUUGUAGCCUUUCCAGCUGGUCCUCAUGGAGCACUUGCGAUCCUUGCCAGAAGAAAAGGUACAGAUUUGUCUAUGUGGAACGGCCUUCUCAGUUCGGUGGUGACCCAUGUGAUUACUCUGACAAAGAAACUGAAGACUGCGUUAUAAACAGACCUUGCAGAAAUACAGUUAGAUGUGAAGGCUUUGUGUGCGCCACAGGAAGAUGCAUUAACCGGAGGCUGCUUUGCAAUGGAGAUGAUGACUGUGGGGAUCAGUCAGAUGAAAGAAAUUGUAAGAAGGUAUAUAGAAAGUGCAGCCAGGAGACAGAACAAUAUUGGGGAAUACAAAUGCUGGCAAGUGGAUUAAAUAUUUUCACUAACAACCUGGAAGGUUUGGUUUUUGACCACAAAUAUUAUGCUGGAGCAUGUUCUCCCCAGUAUAUUGGAGACACCAAUUUCAGAAAACCAUACAACGUAGAAAGCUAUUUGCCAGAGACCAAAGGCAAAUAUGAAUUUGAAUUGACUGAAUAUGAAUCUUAUUCAAGUUUUGAAGAGAAUGUCUUCAAGGCAGAAUCAAAACAAGAAAGCUUCAGCAUUGGAAUCAAAAUACCGAAAAUAUUUGAAUUUGGUUACAGUCGGGAUGACAACAGGUACAAGAAGUACAUUCAGAGGACAAAACGAUUUUCUUCAACGUCUAGAAAAUUUAUCCAUGCCCGCUCAGAAUUGGAAGUUGCCCAUUAUAAACUGAAGGCUAGGAAUUUGAUGCUUCAUUAUGAGUUCUUCCAGAGACUUCUUCAGUUGCCUUUAGAGUACAGUUAUGGGGAAUAUCGAGAACUCUACAGAGACUAUGGAACACAUUACAUCACUGAAGCAACCCUUGGCGGCACUUAUGAAUAUACUUUGAUCUUGAAUAAUGAAGAGCUUCAAAAAGCAGGUUACUCUUUAAAAGAUGUCCAGUCAUGUACAAAUAAUGGAGUUAAAGCUGGUGUGGCAAUCAAAGGCAUUUAUGUAUCGGUUGGAAUAUCAGUUGCAGGUUGCAACGCCAUUUUAAAUGAAAUUGGAGAAAACACAGCAGAAAAGAAAUUUGUGGAAGACUUUGUUGCCCUUGUUCGUGGAGGUGCAAGCGAGCAUGUUACAACCCUUGCUUACAAAGACCUGCCAACUGCAGAACUGAUGCAAGAGUGGGGAGAUGCUGUUCAGUACAACCCUGAAAUUAUCCGGAUGAAGGUGGAGCCGCUGUACGAAUUAGUGACUGCGACCACCUUUGCAAAUGCAAAUACUCUGAAACAAAACUUGAGGCGAGCCCUGGAAGAAUUCCAACAGGAAACCAGUAGCUGUCACUGUGCUCAGUGCCAGGGCAAUGGAAACCCUUUUUUGAAAGGAACUCACUGUGAGUGUACAUGCCCCCUAGGACAUCGAGGUCUCGCAUGUGAAAACACACUAAGAACAGAUGUUGCUGUAGAUGGGAACUGGAGCUGUUGGUCCAACUGGUCUGCAAGUUCUGGGAGACAACGGACAAGAAGACGGGAAUGUAACAAUCCCACAGCCCAAAAUCGUGGAAAGCCAUGCUCAGGGCUAAAUACUGAAACUGCUGAGUGAGUUACUUGGAAGAUCCAGAUAAGGACAGUUUCAUAAUAUUAUACAGGCCAUAAAAGUGCCCCCCCCAUAGUAUUAAGACCAAUUUCCACAACUUGUUUGUUUGUUUUGUUUUUAAAUGGUUUAAAAUUUUAAAUGACUGCGGUCUAAACUAUAAUUCCCUAUCAGGAAUGGAGACUCUGCUAUGUCAAUGGAUAUAUGUUUUCCCAUUCAGUUCAUGGAGAGGAUGAAUUGCAUGAGCAGUGUUGCUGCCCCCUUGUGCAAAACAUUUGUGUGCAUAUCUGAAGGAAUAUAUAUGACCUUUUGAACAAGAAUAUAAAUCAUAUGGAAUAUAUAUAUUAAGAAAUUCACACCUUUUCCAGACAGUUAAACAAAGCAAUACCUAGUUUACUGUUUGGCUGAAUUUCAAUCGACUAUUUUCCAUGAAUACCAAAAAAUACAGUUUUUCUAAUAUUCACUGGAGGGUGCUUCAUCCUGCUGAGAUAAAUGAAAGCUUUAAAUCUCAAUCAAAGCAGCCUCAUCAAAUGUGAAACUUGAAUCCAAUGUGGUGGUGAUAUAUCCAGUUUCCCAUUUAUUGCAUUGAACGUAAAUUGUUUAACCAAUUAGAUAUUGCCUUAAAGGGGGCAAAGUGAAUUGUGAAGUGCUCUCAAAUACCUCUGUGACACCCAAUAAUUUCAAAGCUGUGUAAUAAUGAUAUGCUUAUUCAUUGGAUGAUUUGUCCCUGUAGGUUACUCUGUAAAAGAAAUACAUUCACAAGUAUCCUGGAACUUAAUAAUAUAAAAAAAUGAAAUGAAAUAAAUUAAAUUCAUAACGAUUAUGGGCAAAACUCAUGAUCUGCACAAAUAAAGAUUAGUCAUUAUUCUGUA